AUGUCGUACACUAGCUCAUUUAAUUAUUUUAUUUUUUACUAAUCUUAUAUCACUUAUCUUUAAAUGAGAAACGCAAAAAUUAAUUUUAUUACUUUUAAAUAAUAAAAAAGAAGAUUAUAUCGAUAUACAGUGAACAAAAUAGUCACGACUUCAUCAGAUAUUGCAACAAGCCAUCGAUAUAUCUAUCUAACGAUAGUGUGCCCCGAAUGUUGUUCGUCAGCUGAUUGAAUAUUAUUGUUUUCAAAAUUUCUUGUUUACAAUGUCGCAAGCAAAUUGUAUAUUCUGUGAUAUUUCAAGUGGCAAAAGCGAAACGGCGCUGGAACUUGAUACCGACGAAUUUGUCAUAUUCAAGGACAUAAAGCCGGCAUCCAAAAACCAUUAUCUGAUUGUGACGAAACAUCACUACGAGAGUCUAAAGGUCCUCGACAAAUCGCACGAAAAACUGGUGACGCGCAUGGAGGACACGCUUAAGGAUUUCUUUAAAUCGAAAGGAAUAAGCACAACAGACGCACUUUUCGGCUUCCAUAUGCCACCAUUCAUCUCCGUGAAGCAUCUUCAUUUGCAUGGAAUUGCGCCACGCUCUGAGAUGGGAUUCUUCGCACGUUUGGUGUUCAAACCCUCCGCGCCUUGGUUUAAAUGUGCCAAGGAAGCACAGGCUUAUUUAAAUGCCAAAUAGGUUUAGUUCGGAUGUGACAAUAAAACUAGCCAAAAGCGGACUUGCAUGACCAAAUACAAGCCACUUAGUAUAAAUUAGAUAAAUUCCAAUUUUAGCAAAAAACA